AUGAAUUUCCGCAAUUGCCAUGGCUGCAGCCUAGGCUGGCGAGAACCGUCGUCAGAUCACACACGCGCGCGCCGCCGCGCAUCCCCCCCUCCGCGUAGCCGCAGCGCGGCUCUGCGACCGACAGCGCGGCGCGUUGAGCGAAUUGCACGGGGCGGACAGCAACACCUCCCCCUUGUCGUCCGCAUCACCCCUUGUGUGUUCCCCUCGCGCCUCACGUGCCUUGCGCCCCUCGACCGCCUCGCGCGCCUUGCGCUCGUCGCGCUUCUUGCGCUGCUGCUGUGCCCUCCGUGCCGGAGCUCCCAAGCGCCGCCAGCAGGCCCCCCCGCGGCGGCGCCGCCACUUGCCCCACCCGUCGCGGCGCCGCCAACAGUUUCCCCCGCGGCGCCUCCCCCGCAAAAGACCGCCGCCACUCAAGGUGCGGUGAGCAGAGGUGGGAGGGCGAGAGACGAGGAGGAUAGAUUAAAGGUUGCAGAUGAGCGGCAGUGGGCGGCAGUGGGCGGCAGUGGGCAGAGCGGAAUAUGGGUGGGAAAUGGGAGGGAAAUGAGGGGGGAUGAGAGGAGAGUGGGGGGGAAUGGGAGGAGAAUGGGGGGAAUGGAGGGGAAUGGGGAGGAAUGGGGGCGAAUGGAGGAGAAUGAGGGGGAACAGGAGGGGAAUGGGGGGGAAUGGGAGGUGAAUGGGGAGAAAUGGGAGGGGAAUGGGGGGGAAUGA